CCACCAAAUGGGUUUUUCAACGUUCUCUUCUUCUGUAAGAUAUUAAGAAUGUAUGACACUUAACUAUUUCUCUGUGAAAUCAGGUUGCUCUGGCAAUUUCUCGCAGUGAUUGGAUCAUUUAAGGAGAUUAGACACUAAAAGAAAUGAGGGGACGUGUAAGAUGGGAUGAAGCUAACUUGGGAGAAAUUGAGAAAAAUAAACCUGUAAGGCAGAAGAUCACAGAACCUAAGACACCAUACCACCACUUGAUUGAAGAUGAUGGCUCCCUAUCUCCUAUACGGGAUUUUGAUGAAUGCAUGGGUAAUGCUGAGCAUGCCAAUGCCAUAAGGACUGCCUUGAAUGAUGUGGCUUCAUCAAGUAGAAAUCACUGUAUGCGGUCUGGGGGCUGGACAUCUUCUGAGGAUGAGGCAGAUGCCAUGGAACAAGAUGAUGAAGACUCUGAGACAGGUAAGAGUAGUCUGAGUUUUCGGGAGCACAGAAGAGCACAUUAUGAUGAAUACCGAAAGGUGAAAGAACUGCAUCGAAAGGGAUCUUUUCUAAAUGAUGAUGAUGAGGAUGGUGAUGAUAAAGUGGAUCAAGAUACUAGAAAUGCGGUGAAGGACAUAAAAACUGAUGGAGGUGAUAAGACUUUGCCACAACAAUCUACUCCGCAUGUCAAUGGGGCUUGAGAUGCUAGCCAGCAAAACUGACUCCUGAGGAAUUGCUCUGAAUUUUACAGGUUCCUAACCCUACCUCCCCAAAACAUUUUGACACAGGAUGCUUUGUACUUUGUUUUCCAUUCUCUCUUCCCCCCUCCCCCUCGGGCUGUUCUCGUAAUAGUUUCUUGACCGGGUUUUAUCAACUAUCACUCAUCUGUAUUUCUGUGCACUUGUAAAUAGAUAUUUUGUCACUUAUGCUUCUUUA